CUGUUUCUAUACUUCGAUCAAACAGCCACAAGCCCACAAAUUUCCAAAAUUGGUAUUUUGAUUUUGCAGUAGAACCACCGCGAACUCCUCCUUCCUACUGAACUCCAUCAUCGCCAAUGCAUCUCUCUCUCCUUCUAGGGUUUCCAUAACCACAUCUCAGAUUUCCAUCUCUCCACCCCAUAUAUUCACAAUGCAACUCCGCAUCUUCUUCAAUCUCUAAAUGUUCCAGCCCUACACCAGUCACUGAUCCAAAUACCCUGAAUUUUUUCGAAUUGGGGCAAAUACAGUAGAAUUGCUUCAGUUCAGGGCCACUGCGAGUGAAAUCGAUGAAUUGUGCAGAGUCAGAGACUCGACCGGUGCUCGGACCGGCCGGUAACAUUGCUAUACCUGUGGAAUUGCGAAAGGCGGUGGUCAAACAGAAGAGUAAAGUCGAGAAACCUAAGGAAAUCGAGGAAUCCAGGGCUAAUAAAGCUCCAUCAUCACCAACUUCACCGGCAUUGUCGAAGAACUAUAAGACUGUGCCGUCCGUUUUGAAGCAGCAGGACCAGAAGAUUUUGAGAUUGAAUUUGUCUUUGAAUGCGUCCUGUUCCUCGGACGCGUCCUCGGAUUCGUCACACAGUCGGGCGUCAACGGGUAAGAUGAGUCGGCGCAGCGUGACGCCUAUUGGGAGGAAGCAAUGCAGUUCGAAGAGUGAGAAGGUUGAGAAGACUGAUACUGAUAGUGACAGUGUAUCAGUAGGUUCAGCUGAUGGUACAGCAGUGAAGAAGAGGUGUUCUUGGGUGACGCCAAACAGUGAUCCCUGUUACGCUGCUUUCCAUGACGAAGAAUGGGGAGUUCCAGUCCAUGAUGACAAGAAAUUGUUCGAAUUGCUCAGUUUAUCUACUGCAUUAGCCGAACUUACAUGGCCUGCAAUUCUCAAUAAAAGGCACAUAUUUAGAGAAGUCUAUCAGGACUUCGACCCAAUUGUCGUGUCAAAAGUAAAUGAGAAGCAGAUAGUCACAACAGGAAGCACUGCCAGCUCUCUUCUAUCGGAACUUAAGCUUCGAGGGAUCAUUGCAAAUGCACGUCAAAUCUUGAAGAUAAUGGAAGAGUAUGGGUCUUUUGGCAACUAUCUAUGGGGCUUUGUAAACCAUAAGCCCAUAGUGAGUCAUUUCCGCUACCCUCGGCAGGUUCCAAUUAAGACGUCAAAAGCAGAUGCAAUAAGCAAAGAUCUCGUGAGAAGAGGGUUCCGAGGCGUGGGGCCUACAGUUGUCUACACAUUCAUGCAAGUGGCUGGAAUGACAAAUGAUCAUCUGAUCAGUUGCUUCAGAUUCCAGGAAUGCAUAGCCGCAGACGAUACAAGGGAUAAGGAUGACAGCCUAAAGGCAAAGGUCCAAGGUAAGCAACCUGCGGCAAUUGAGUUGGGACUAUCAAGAGCUAUUGAUGAUUUGGGUUUAACCAUGGAGUAAUUUGUCAGGAUCAUAGUUGAUGUCUUGUAAUUUACUCUUUCGUGCAAUGGGCCGGUAGUCUGGGGCAGGUGGUUUGCAUACAAGUGAUUCUGAUUUAAUUUGGUGAGGUGCGUCUUCCCUUCUGAGAUGGAUGUUAGGCCGAUAUGCUGUACAGUGAUUAGGGUAAUCUGACCAUUUUUUUCCUCUGGUGUUUAGAUUUCUUGUCAUGGUAAACAACAUGAGCCUCCUUCUUUGGUCCCUUUCACCGUUAGGACUUCGUGUAUGCUGUUUGUAUUUUGUCCACCCCUUCGGGUAUGUUUGAUUUAAGGAUAAUCAUCUGUUAGUAUUUGUUUAAUGGUGUCUACACUUUUUCUGUUUGUAGAUGCAAGAAUCUUGAUCCCGUG